UCCAUGUCAAAAUUGCAGAAUCAUUUCUGUUAUCUUUGUGGCGCCCUUGAACGGAAAGAGCAGAAAGCUGCUCACUCGUAUUCUUCUAACUCGACCACCGGAAAAGAGAGCAGCAGAGACAAAAAAAUGGAGGCUAUUCUAAAGAGUUCAUUUGGUUUCUCGGCGUUCAGGCCGUAUCAGAAAGAAGUCAUUCAGGACAUUCUUCAAGGGAAGGAUUGCUUGGUGGUCAUGGCUACUGGAAGUGGCAAGUCCUUAUGUUAUCAGGUACCGCCUUUGGUUGUUGGAAAGACUGGCAUAGUUGUUAGCCCUCUUAUAUCACUAAUGCAAGAUCAGGUAAUGGCUUUAAAACAAAGAGGCAUCAUGUCUGAGUACCUUGGCAGUACUCAGACUGAUUCCACUGUUCAAGCCAAGGCGGAGAAUGGUCAAUAUAAUAUUUUGUUCAUGACACCAGAGAAGGCAUGCUCUGUUCCUAUCAGCUUUUGGUCAAAAUUACAGAAGGCAGGAAUUUGUUUGUUUGCCGUUGAUGAAGCACACUGCAUUUCAGAGUGGGGGCAUGAUUUCAGGGUAGAAUACAAACGAUUGGACAAACUACGAGACGUUCUACCAGGCCUUCCAUUUGUUGCCUUGACUGCCACUGCAACUGAAAAGGUUCGGAGUGACAUCAUUAGUUCUUUGAAGAUGAAAGAUCCACAAGUUACCAUUGGUUCAUUUGAUCGGACUAACCUUUUUUAUGGAGUAAAGUCUUUUAAUCGUGGUCCAUUAUUCUUGAACGAGCUCGUGCUCGAUAUAUCUAAAUAUCUGGCCUCUGGUGGUUCAACUAUCAUUUACUGCACGACAAUUAAAGAUGUUGAGCAGAUAUUCAAGGCACUUGAAGAAGCAGGGAUUAGUGCUGGUAUCUAUCACGGUCAAAUGGACAAAAAAGCACGUGCCGAAUCCCACAGACUAUUCAUAAGGGAUGAACUGCAAGUCAUGGUUGCAACAAUUGCUUUUGGUAUGGGCAUCGACAAACCGAACAUAAGACAAGUGAUACACUACGGCUGCCCAAAGAGUCUAGAAUCUUAUUACCAGGAAAGUGGGCGAUGUGGUAGAGACGGUAUGGCUUCUGUUUGCUGGCUUUAUUACACGAGAAGCGAUUUUACUAAAGCAGACUUCUACUGUGGGGAAUCACAAACUGAAAACCAAAGAAGAGCUAUUAUGGAGUCGUUGACGGCUGCACAACAGUAUUGUUCGCUAGCAACUUGCAGAAGAAGCUUCUUGCUCAAUUAUUUUGGGGAAAAAUAUCAGUCUGAUAAAUGUGGAAAUUGUGAUAACUGCAUAGUCUCCAAAAAGGAGCGUGACAUGUCAAAGGAAGCAUUUCUUCUGCUGGCGACCAUUCAAUCAUGCAGGGGUAAAUGGGGACUGAACAUGCCUGUGGAUAUUCUUCGUGGGUCUCGAGCUAAAAAGAUACUUGAUGCUCAGUUUGACAAGCUUCCACUUCAUGGACUUGGAAGAGAAUACUCAUCAAAUUGGUGGAAAGCAUUAGCUAGUCAGCUAAUUUCUCAAGGCUAUUUGACAGAGAACAUACGUGAUGUUUACAGAACCAUAAGUGUCAGUGCAAAAGGGGAAAAGUUUCUCAAUUCUGCCAGAGAUGACUGUCAACUGCCUCUAGUUUUGCCGGUGACGAGCGAAAUGAUUGGUGAGAGUGGAGAUGACAGUACAUUUAUUGAAGCUGGGAGAAUGGAGAAUUUGACUACUUUGAAGAGUGGACUUUCAGAGGCUGAGGCGAAACUCUUUCAAAUGCUUUUAGACGAGAGAAUGAAGCUUGCUCGAAGCGCGGGAACUGCCCCGUAUGCCAUAUGUGGUGAUCUAACAGUUAAAAAAAUUGCAUUAACUAGACCAUCUACCAAGGCAAGAUUAGCAAAUAUUGAUGGUGUCAACCAGCACCUGCUAAAAAUGCAUGGAGAUCUAAUCCUUCAAGCAGUGAGGCAUCUAUCACAAGAAGUUGGUCUUUCACUGGAUGGUGAAUGUAAAGAAGACGGAAACGGACAAUGUAUGACAGCUCGAAAACUUAAUACAGAAUCCAAUCAAGGGAGACCGUUGGCACCGGCGAAGUUCGAAGCAUGGAAAAUGUGGUAUGAAGACGGUCUCUCAAUCUCGAAAAUCGCUAACUUCCCUGGUAGAUCAGCACCUAUCAAAGAAACUACUGUUUCUGGGUACAUCCUUGAUGCAGCUCAGGAAGGAUAUACAAUUGAUUGGACCAAAUUUUGUGAUGAGAUUGGUCUUUCAUGUUCGAUAUUUUCCGAUAUUCAAUCUGCUGUUUCGAAGGUCGGAUCUACGGACAAGUUAAAAGCUAUAAAAGAUGAAUUACCAGAGGAAAUUAAUUAUGCACACAUCAAGGCUUGUCUGUUAAUGCAAAAAUGUGGAAUAUCCCCCGAAACUACGCUACCCCGAGAUGAAAAAACCGACGAACGUAUGAAUGUUGUGCCAAAGUUUUCAGGGAGUCCAACCUCAAAGCAGCAAAAAGAAGAGCCUAAUGUAGCCACAGCUUGUAAACCUUCAACAGAGGAAACUCCCAUAUCAUUAAAGCGUCAAAAAGUCUGCGAAUCGGACGAAGAAAAUCGGGUUCCAGUAAAAGCAACCGAGAGCUCGCUAGUAGAGUGGCUGAAGAACAAUGACGGGGUUACACUUGACAAUAUGAUGCAGCACUUCAAAGGCUCUGAAGAAGAAUCUCUGGUUGCUAUGCUAAAUGCUCUUGAAGGUGAUUUUUUUAUAUAUAGAAAGAACAAUAUCUACAAGCUCAUGUAAGUAAGCCCCAAACCUUUGCUGUAAAUGCUCUUAAGAAUGCUAUCAUUUUUGUUCUUGACUCGUGCGCUUGAUAACCCCUAGGGGUGUACGUCCAACCUGACAAUCCCGACCAAUUCAACCU